AUGCCGCCUUUCGGGUCCCCGCGGGCCUGGCAGCGCCACCCGAGUCCCGAGAUGAGGUGGCUGCUGGCCGGCGCUGGUCCCUGGGGUUGCUUGGCAGACAAGCCCGGCCCUUGUCUCUUGCUGCUUCUGAAAUGGACCGUUCACCUGCACCUGCCGGUGUGCAGGCGGUUGGGAAUUAUAGAAGUUGAUUAUUUUGGACUGCAGUUUACGGGUAGCAAAGGUGAAAGUUUAUGGCUAAAUCUGAGAAAUCGGAUCUCCCAGCAGAUGGAUGGGCUAGCCCCUUACCGGCUCAAACUGAGAGUCAAGUUCUUCGUGGAACCUCAUCUCAUCUUACAGGAGCAGACUAGGCAUAUCUUUUUCUUGCAUAUCAAGGAGACCCUCCUGGCCGGCCACCUCCAGUGUUCCCCGGAGCAGGCAGUGGAACUCAGCGCCCUCCUGGCCCAAACCAAGUUCGGAGACUAUAAUCAGAACACUGCCAAGUACAGCUACGAGGAGCUCUGUGCAAAGGAACUCUCCAGUGCCACCUUGAACAGCAUUGUGGCCAAGCAUAAGGAGCUGGAGGGGACCAGCCAGGCUUCUGCCGAAUACCAGGUGUUACAAAUCGUGUCCACGAUGGAAAACUAUGGCAUAGAGUGGCAUUCCGUGAGGGACAGUGAAGGGCAGAAACUCCUCAUCGGGGUUGGACCUGAAGGAAUCUCCAUUUGCAAAGACGACUUUUGCCCAAUUAAUAGGAUUGCUUACCCGGUGGUCCAGAUGGCCACCCAGUCGGGGAAGAACGUGUACUUGACCGUCACCAAGGAGUCCGGAAACAGCGUCGUGCUCUUGUUCAAGAUGAUCAGCACCAGGGCCGCCAGCGGGCUCUACCGAGCGAUAACGGAGACGCACGCUUUCUACAGGUGCGACACGGUGACCAGCGCCGUCAUGAUGCAGUACAGCCGAGACCUGAAGGGCCACUUGGCGUCUCUGUUUCUGAAUGAGAAUAUCAACCUCGGCAAGAAGUACGUCUUCGAUAUCAAAAGAACGUCUAAGGAGGUGUACGACCACGCCAGGAGAGCCCUGUACAACGCCGGCGUCGUGGACCUCGUUUCGAGAAGCGACCCCAGCCCUCCGAACUCCCCGCUCAAGUCCUCGGACAGCGGCCUGAACUGCACCAGCUGUGAGGGCCUCAGCUGCCAGCAGACCAGGGCGCUCCAGGAGAAGCUGCGGAAGCUGAAGGAGGCCAUGCUGUGCAUGGUGUGCUGCGAGGAGGAGAUCAACUCCGCCUUCUGCCCCUGCGGCCACACUGUGUGCUGUGAGGGCUGCGCCGCCCAGCUGCAGGUGCAAGCCGGAGGGCCCCGCCACGCCCGGCUAGGGUCCCCGCGUUCGGGGACCCCAGAGGUGUUGCUCUAA